GAACACAAUCCCAAAAAUUCUGCAUUGGCUCUCGUUAUUGAGCGAGAACGUAUUCCAAACUGGAACCAUGACGGAUAACAAUUUGGAGCAACCUACUACUAGCUGCAAGACUCAUGAUGAGAUGCUGGCAAGGUUCUUGACGGUUGACAGCCUCAAUGACAUUGUCCUCAAGGGCAAUGAUGGAGUGGAUGUACCAGCCAACCGCUUCUUGCUUGCGGCACGGUCUGACGUCUUCAUGGGCAUGCUGCUGGGAAAGUUCCAAGAAUCAUCAUCACCCGUUGUAGAGCUUGGAUUCUCUGGAAGUGUCCUCAAGGCAGUGGUUGAGUUUGUGCUCACUGACACAGCACAAGUCCUCAACUGCAAGAAGCGAAAAGCCCCUGAUUCAGAAAAGGAAAAUGCGGCUAUCAGUCCUGAACAAAUUGAAUUGUUUGUGUCAUUGGCAGAGGCAGCAUCAUACUUUGAUCUUGCUGGCUUGGGAGAUAUUGUUCUAGAAUCUUUUGAAAAGAUUCUGAAGCAAAACCCAUGCUCAUCUUUUGCUGCCUUGCAAGUAUGCAGGAUGGCAGAAAAGACAGUUCCAAAGGUGUUCCGUCUAGCUACCAGUCUCGUCACGGAAUAG